CUCAAGUUCACUCGAACCGUCAUGCAGGUCUUACACAAACGCCUGAACUUGUAUAUAGACCCUGCAUCGUACACAUUCACGCCAGCCGAAGCCAGCGCUGGCGCAAGAUCCCUGACUAUACAGAGGGAUUCCGGAGAGAUUGUCCUGAACGCUCCCAAUGUAUCUGCAUCUCCCGCUGGCCAGCGGUCAGCAAAGACAAUAUAUGGAAUACUGGGAAUCAUCUCGCUGACACUCACUGACUACAUUAUUGUCUUGACUGGACGCGAACUGCGUGGUCGUCUCAUGGGCCAAGACAUAUAUCGUGCGACGGAAUACGAGAUCCUCCCGGUAGACCCUCGAGCAUCCGUCCAGCACCCUGCCCAUCCGGUGGAGGCGCACUUACUGGCUCUCGUUCGUUCGCAUCUGGACAAUGGCUACUUCUUCUUCAGCUAUGGGUGGGACCUGACAAGGAGGUUGCAAGCGCAGUGGGCGGCAAGGCAGAGUGACGAGGGAAAGGCUCUGUGGCAGGUGGCGGAUGACAGAUUCUUUUGGAACAAAUACCUGCAUUCCAAGUUCAUUGACACCACGACUGCUGAUCCAAACCAAGACCUCAGCUCCUAUAUUCUGCCGAUCAUGUACGGCACCUUUGACAUUCGCUCGGCAUACGUCAAUGGCUACCACCUUCGCCUAUGCCUUAUCAGUCGGAGGUCUAGGUACAGAGCAGGCACUCGCUAUUUCCGUCGAGGCAUUGAUCAUGAUGGUCAUGUUGCCAACUUCAACGAGACUGAGCAGCUCGUCCUCGUUGACCCCAAGCUCAAUGAAGGCCGGAGCACUUCAGACGAAGCUAGCACGAAGCUGAGCUUUGUGCAGAUAAGGGGAAGCAUUCCGGUGUUCUGGGCUGAAGUGAAUAACCUACGAUACAAGCCUGAUCUACAAGUCAUGGACUAUCCUGACACGGCUAAUGCUAUGCGAAAACAUUUCGAGGAGAUGAUAUCGCAUUAUGGCGCUCAGGACUUGGUGAACCUGGUUAAUCACAAGGGUCACGAGCAACCUGUCAAGGAACAGUAUGAACGCUAUGUUGCUCAGCUCGGACUUCCCGAUGUCAGAUAUGAGUAUUUUGAUUUCCACACCGAAUGUAGACAUAUGCGCUGGGAGCGAAUCAGUCUGCUUAUCGAGAAGCUCCAGUCGGACCUCACUAAGAAUGGGUAUUUCCAUCUGGAUGCAACAUCAACCGAACCUAUCCAAGUCCAGAAAGGCGUCGUUAGGACCAAUUGCAUGGACAACUUGGAUCGCACAAAUGUUACUCAGGCAGCGAUUGCUAAGUGGACGCUGAACCGGCAGCUGAGAGUGAUUGGAGUGCUGAAGGAUGAUGAUUCCAUUGACUACCACGAGAGCCUUAGCAAAGACUUCCGAGAAAUGUGGGCAGACCACGCAGACUUGAUAUCAAUAGCCUAUGCUGGGACAGGAGCACUUAAGACGGACUUCACCCGGACAGGUCAACGCACUAAGUCGGGAGCUCUGGAAGAUGGCUACAAGUCUGUAAUGCGGUACCUCAAGAAUAAUUAUUUUGAUGGCCCUAGACAGGAUGCAUACGACCUGAUGACGGGAGUGUGGGUCCCUCGAAGAGGCCCCUCGUCGGCUCUAUUCCUCAUUAUUGAUUCGCGGCCACUGAUAAUCCGCUCCGUUCCUUACCUCGCUUUCUUGUCUGUGUUCAUGAUACUCGCUGGACUCACCCUCCCUCGGACCUCUCAAUACUCCCUAUUCUAUUACUUCCUCAUCUGGUUCACGCUAUUCGCGUUAUCCAUGGCAUUCAUAUUCGCGCACGGCAUCGACUACGUGUCGUGGCCACGACUUCUGCCACCUACCGAGGUCAUCCACUACCACGGCUCUGGGUUCCAAUCCGCACGCAAAGGCAGGGGUAUUGGCAUUCCGGCCUUGGACGUUGGGAAGCUCCGGUCUGGCGCGGGUGCUGGCGCCCAGUGGCUAGCAAAGGGGCGAAAACGUGCGGGUAGCAAAUUGGAAGAGAUUGAGAUGGGUACCAAGAAGAGGCUGGAUUAAUAUCCGAUAUCUGAACGUACUCCCUACACAGGUGCAUGGUGGCAGGCACAUACUACAUAGUACUGUAUAUAGAAGGCUUUUGUUAUUAAUCGGAGCUUCCAUGGCAGCGAUUUCUCCAGUAUUGCAUGCCCUCUUAUCAGGACAAAGUCACGAAAGUGAUCGC